UAUAUAAGCUGCUACGACUUGUGCCUAUUAUGUAUUUGGAACAGUUAUAGACAAUGCGGUAUCUCGUUGUCUUUACAUUUAAAAAAUAAUAAUGUAUGUGUUUUAUAUGAUUAUAGCACUCUUUUAUUGUUGAGACAUCCUUCGCUUUAUUCAGCUGUAAACGUAUGUAAUGAUGGGAGUCGGAGCUGAUAAUAAAACCGAGAGCACAUCUAGUAAGUUUACAUUGCAGCAGCUUGAGGAAAAAGAGGAGGUAGAGCUCGGCAAUGCUGAAGCCAUGAGGCCGGCUAAGGAUGAUCACCAGUCAGCGGAGCCGAGAGAAACGUGGGGUCGGCGUCUGGAGUUCGUGCUCGCCUCCGUCGGUUAUGCUGUGGGUUUGGGAAACGUGUGGCGCUUCCCGUACCUGUGCUACAGGAGCGGAGGAGGUGCUUUCUUGAUUCCCUACUUGAUCAUGUUGUUUCUCUGUGGUAUCCCACUGCUGUUCAUGGAGUUCACUGUUGGGCAGUACACCCGUCUGGGGCCGGUCCACUCUCUGGCUAAAAUAUGUCCCCUCUUCAAAGGUGUGGGGCUUGCCACGGUGGUGAUUUCUUACGUGCUCUGCACCUACUACAAUGUGCUCAUGACCUGGGCUCUCUACUACCUGCUUCACUCUUUCAGCCCCUCAUUGCCAUGGCAGUCCUGCAACAACACAUGGAAUGCAGUUGGCAACUGUUCCACUGGUUUUCCUGGCAAUGCCACACAUCUGAAAUCAGCCAGUCAACAGUUCUUUGAUCAUAAGGUUUUAGAAAUGACCACAGGGAUUGAGCAUGCUGGAGGGAUUCGUUGGGAACUCUUUGGCCUUCUAGUCCUGGCCUGGGCCAUUGUUUAUUUCUGUAUCUUUAAAGGAGUCAAAUCCACCGGAAAGGUUGUGUACUUUACUGCCACGUUCCCUUAUUUCAUACUGUUUGCAUUGCUGGUCAAUAAUGUCCAGUUGCCUGGAGCAAGAGAUGGCAUUCUCUUCUUUCUCAUGCCAAACUGGAGUAAACUCUUGGAAGUCCAGGUGUGGGUCAAUGCUGCUGCUCAGAUCUUUAACUCCAUCGGCAUCUCCUUUGGUUCUAUGAUAUCUAUGGCCAGUUACAACAAGUUCAACAACAACAUCCUCAGGGACACCUAUAUCGUCUCUCUGGCUAAUUCAGCCACUAGUAUCGUGGCCGGGUUUGUUAUUUUCUCUGCCAUUGGGUACAUGGCCCACAUUCACAACCUACCUGUAGAUGACAUUGCCACUGAUGGGCCUGGUCUGGUGUUUGUGGUGUAUCCGGAAGUGUUUUCCACUAUGCCAGUCUCUCAGCUCUGGGCUCCUCUGUUUUUCAUCAUGUUACUCUGCCUUGGAUUGGACAGUCAGUUUGCCAUGGUGGAAGUGGCUGUAACUUUCAUCAUGGACGGUUUUGGCAAGAAAGUUCUGCAAGUUUUUAAGAGGAAGGAGCUGAUUGUUCUGGCAGUGUGCAGUGUUGGAUUUCUGCUGGGGAUCCCUCACAUUACCAGGGGUGGGAUAUAUGUGUUUCAGCUGAUGGAUCACUACACAGCUGUGGUGUCUCUUAUGUUUCUGGCCUUCUUCGAGGUGCUCGCCAUCACGCUCAUAUUUGGAGUGAGACGACUCAGUAUAAUGCUGGAGAAUAUGCUGGGGAAGAAACCAAACCUCUUCUUCCGUGUCUGCUGGCAGUUCCUGUCACCCAUGCUUGUGCUGGGUAUUCUGAUCUCCAGUAUUGUUCAGUAUACUCCAGCUCGAUACGGUAAGUCCUACACAUACCCGCUGUGGGCAGAGGUGGUGGGCUGGUUCAUCUCUCUCGUCUCCAUCAUCUGGAUUCCACUGGGGGCUCUACAUGAGCUUUGGACCACAGAAGGGUCUCUGCUGCAGAGGUUGAAAAAGUCCAUAACCCCAACUAUUGAUCUGGAGUCUGUUUCGGAGAAACCAUCUGGCGAGUCCAUUGCGCUUUUUGCUGCUGCUUAGACGCCUGCGUGAGGGUUCUUGGUAUGUUUACUCAUUAGAAGUACAAAGUAGCUUUGUCUAAACUGUAAAAAGUAUCAUUUUAUGUUUUUAUUAGUAUUUAUAUUCUGUUUAUUGUAACUUCAAAAAUGUCCCAGAAUAUGGCAUUAAUAUUGAUGAAAAUCAGUUUUUUGUUUUUUUUUCUCAUUGAAUUACUUUAAGUUUUUUGUUUUUUUGAUUGUGUGACAGUUUUUUUUUUAUGUAAAAAAGAAGACUUAAUGUCAGAAAUGAGAGAUUUUAUUUAUAUAUUUCUUUAAGGAAAGAAAUGUAUAAUAUAUGAUAAUCUAAUGAGAGAGAAAUGACAAGACUUUGGUUUUCUCCGUUAUUUAAACUUUAAAAUAAUUAAGCAUUGAGCGUGAACUUUGAUGGAAUAUAUCUUUUGAUACACUGACCUGAAGGACUGAUGAGACAUUUAAAUGCUUAGAAUUUUAGAAACCGCAUACUUGAU